UUGACGUGACACAGUCCAGUGAUACCAGAUAAAAAAUCACCAGGAAUGAAAUGCCAAAUCAAAUGGAUUAAUUAAUCGUCAUGAGAAUGCACAACUGAAUCGACCAACUGAUUUAUUUUUUUUUUAUCAAUCGAUCACUGACGAUCACCAGAUCCGGGGAUGGCAGACCAUGACAACAUGUACGACGAUGAGGAGUUGGUGUCGACAAAUCCGAAUCAAAGAAACUGGCGGGGCAUUCUCAUAGCUCUCCUCGUUAUUAUCGCAGUUCUAGCACUUAUUGUUACUUCAGUGGCCCUGUUGACCCCUCCUGACGAAGGCCCUCGAGUCCGAGGCACUCGUUUGAGGCUCACCGAUGUGUUGUCCGGGGAAUUAUCACCACCUCCAUUCAACGGGACUUGGGUAAGUGGUCGGCACAUAUGCUACCGUGAUCCCUGGGGUGGAAUAUCCCUUCUAGACGCAUCAGAUCCGAACGUCACGUCCCGUAGUCUCAUGUCCAACGAGACCUUUCGCACCCUAAAUCCUGCCUCGUUCACACUCUCGCCGGACCAUCAGUACCUCCUUCUAGCCCAGAACGUUAAAAAAUUAUUCAAGUACUCGUUUCUCGCUCAGUACGUCAUCUACAAUGUCAACACCAGUGAGACCAUAAAAAUUGCACCGAAUCCAGGGAAAUCUCUCCACCCCUAUCUCCUCCACGUGCAAUGGAGCCCUCGAGGGCAUGCCCUCAUGAUGGUCGACGACUACGACAUCUACUUCCACUCAAGACCAUCUUCGUCGAGAGCAUUUCGUAUAACCGAUAAUGCUGUACCUGGUGUUCACUCCAACGGCUUUCCUGACUGGCUCUACGAAGAGGAAAUUUUACGCAGCUCCCAGGCCAUCUGGAUGUCCGAGGACGGUUACUUGAUACUUUACGCAUCAUUUAAUGACUCGCUCGUCGAGCAAAUGCACAUGUCGUGGUUUGGGGAGGAGAGCAAAUCCCUGUACCCGGAGGUCUGGUCCCUCCGUUACCCCAAACCAGGGACUGCCAAUCCUAUUGUUAAACUUAUGAUAGCGGACCUCACGGAUCUCAUGAAUAUCAAAACGAAAGCCGUCAGACCACCGCCUGUAAUCGAAAAUACAGAGCACUAUUUUACGACCGCCUCCUGGAUAUCGUUGACGGAAGUCUCCAUCACUUGGCUGACACGCUCCCAGAAUCUUUCCGUGAUAACUGUAUGCAAAAGUCCUCUCUGGCACUGUCAAGAGAUUCAACGAGUGAGCGAGUCUCACGGUUGGGUUGACACACCACCGGAAUCUCCUUUAUUCUCAUCAAACAGCAGCAGUUACAUUACGAUAGCUCCAGUGCGCGAUGGACCCGCUGGAUUCUUCAAACACAUCGUCUGGGUGAAUGUAUUGAAGAAACAGGUGGUGCCACUCACCCACGGCCGCUGGGAAGUCGCAAAAAUACUCGCCUGGGAUCAGACUAACAACACCAUUUACUUCAUCGGUAUUCCCCCCUCGAAACCGGGCCAGCGUCACCUGUACCGGGUGAGCUCAAUUCUUCCAGAAGUUGGUUCAGCCCUGCAUCCAGCGUUCUGCAUCACAUGUGCAGCUCCAGUGAGUCCUGAUAAUGAGACAGACCCUGAGCCCGAGGAAAAUAGUCAGUCACCCGUGCACUCGACCCUGAAGGAAACAGGGGACUGGCAUUCCCAACUGGAGGCCCAGGAGGAUGCAGUCCAGGAGGAAGAGCCACCCCAAUCCACCCUGGAGCGCAGAAAACCAGAUAAAUCGAGGAAAGAGUCACGGAUUCUCGAGACGUGCCAGUACUACAGCGCCAUUUUCUCUCCUGGAUUUGAUUAUUUCGUUCUGGAGUGCCUGGGGCCUGGGAUUCCCACAGUUUCCCUUUACAAAACUGGAAAACCCCAGCCGCAUUUCAUCAGUAUUCUACAGAACAAUACAGCCCUACGAGAGAGAAUUUCAAAAAUCGCCCUACCGCAGAUAAAAACAUUUCCGGUGCACAUUAGCGGUGGUUACAAUGCUCAAGUGAGACUGUAUUUGCCACCGGGACUGCGAGAGGAUGAGAUCACGAAGUAUCCGAUGGUAGUCCAAGUAUAUGGAGGACCAGGAACGCAAUUGGUAACGGACAUGUUCAAAAUCGACUGGAACACGUACCUUGCGAGCCGGAAGAACGUGAUUGUCGCGCAAAUCGAUGGACGGGGAAGCGGAGGUCAGGGAUACAAAUUGCUUCAUGAGGUUUAUUACAGAUUGGGAACUGUAGAAGUGGCUGAUCAGCUCGAAGUAACAGAAUAUCUGAGAGAUUCACUCCAUUUCGUGGAUAAGAGACGAGUCGCUGUGUGGGGAUGGAGCUACGGUGGAUUUGUCGCUGCUCUGGCAUUGGCUGAGCCUGAGCAGGACGUGUUUCAGUGUGGAAUCAGUGUUGCACCUAUUGUCUCCUGGAAACUCUAUGAUUCUGCGUAUGCAGAGAGGUACAUGGGCCUGCCCAAUGUCACCUCAAACUACAAAGGAUACCUCGAGUCCGAUGUUUACAGUAAAAUCGAGUACUUGAGACACAAGAUGUUUUAUCUUGUUCAGGGAACAGCUGAUAAUAACGUGCAAUUCCAGCAGUCGAUGGCACUGGCACGUCAUCUCACUAAAAAAGGAAUUCUCUUCAGACAACAGGUGUAUCCGGACGUCAGUCACAGUCUUGCCGGUGUCACUGGCCAUUUGUAUCUCUCAAUGGCACAAUUUCUUGACGAUUGUUUCACGAAACAAGUACCUGUUGAUUCAAAGGUCGGGCUGAGCAGCGGUGGCGCUGAAAUCUAGACAGUCGAACCUAUUUUAUUUAAA